AAAAAUGCAUUCAGAACAUUGACAAAUAUUCUUGCGUUUCAAAUUUUACUUUUUCAAAAACGACAGCUUCAAGCGAUCUGCCCACACAGAGCGAGCAAUGAGUGAAAUCUGGAGACGAAGAUCGUUGCGUCCUCUACUAUUAUUCUUCUUCUUUUCUCUACAAUUCCUCUCCGCCUUGUCCGAUGGCUCUUUGAAUUCAGAACUGGGGAACCAAGCUAAAACUCAUGGUAAUUCCCAUAGCAAAACCGGGGCCAAGGUACUAAUUGUUUUACUUGCAGUUGUGGCAGUGGGUUUGUUUUCUUUUUUCCUUUUCAAGCUAUGGCAAAGGAAGAAAAGAGAAGAGCAGUAUGCUCGUCUUUUGAAGUUGUUUGAAGAGGAUGAUGAGCUUGAGGUUGAACUUGGCCUCCGGGACUGACAUAUUUCACCUGUAGAAACCAAUUUCCUCUUAUAUCAGGCUUAAGUGCCAUGCAGUAUUCGGAAAACUUAUUUCUUUGGUGGCCCUGAUUGGGAUAUGGAGAUAUCUUGUGGCGAGAUUAGGUAUUGUGCGAUUAUAAAUUGUAGUAGCUAUGAUGAUUAUAUUCAAAUUAAAACUUUUUAUGAAUUUAAUAUCUUUGUCAUUAGAGAAGGGAAGAACACCACUUUGUAUGAGAUUUUUUUUUUUUUUUUUUUUGGGGGGGGGGGGGGGGGGGGGGGGGUUGGGUUUAUUCACAUUUUGUAAAAAUACACUCAAUAUUCAUUUACAUGUGUAAAAGUAUUUAAGAUUUUGAUGCAUUGAAGAAGUGUAAAACUGAAGGGUUAUCUUGGUGUGCCUUGAAGCUGCUUAAAAGGCAUAUACCCAUUAUUUGUUUGCUUGAAUAAAAGAUGAAUUUUAAAA